GGGGAAGGGGGCAGAUUGGGACGGGGUUGGGGAGAGCUAGGCGAUACAAGACAGGAGAGCAAGAACAAGCUGUGUGUUUGUCCUGUGUGUCCACUUGCCUCCUUCCCAGGCCCCCACCCAGGCCCCACCCAGGGGGCACAUGACAUAGUCCUUAACAUCUGUGAGAGCUGGAGCACUAGGCCCCCAGAGAAACCACCAGCUGUAUCUCGGGUCAGGAGAGUCUGUAAGGGGGAAGCUGGAUCUAGUCAGGCUGGGGGUGGGUGCUGGCUGGUGAAGGUGAUUGUCUGAGGGCACUGGCUCUCUGAUGCAUGGCUGGAGCUUCUGUCUCAUUCAGGGGGUCUGGAGUGGGAAGUGGGGCCAGAGAGGAGGUGGGGCCUUCGAUGUUGGGCCAGGAGGCUGUAGGGUGUUGGGGGAGAACUGAGCAUGUGGGGCUCAGCUCCGCCCCUGUCACUACACGCUGGGGACACACCACACUGCCCGACUUCUCCUCCCCAGGUGGGCUCUUCUCGCCAAAAAAGGCUACCAGGAGCGGGACCUGGAACCCCAGAUUUCCAUCAUCACCAAACUCAAAGGGGUUUCCGUGACUCAGAUCAAGGAGCUUGGAAACCGGCUGUGGGAUGUGGCCGACUUCGUGAAGCCACCUCAGGCUGCCGGCUUCCGGCCUUUCCAGUCAACGCGAGCCCAGCCAGGCCAACCUUGAGACUUGCCUCCUAGGGAGAGAACGUGUUCUUCCUGGUGACCAACUUCCUUGUGACGCCAGCCCAAGUUCAGGGCAGAUGCCCAGAGGUGUAAAAACAGGCCAGUGUGUGGUGUUCAAUGGGACCCACAGGACCUGUGAGAUCUGGAGUUGGUGCCCAGUGGAGAGUGGUGUUGUGCCCUCGAGGCCCCUGCUGGCCCAGGCCCAGAACUUCACACUGUUCAUCAAAAACACGGUCACCUUCAGCAAGUUCAACUUCUCUAAGUCCAAUGCCUUAGAGACCUGGGACCCCACCUAUUUUAAGCACUGCCGCUAUGAACCACAAUUCAGCCCCUACUGUCCUGUGUUCCGCAUUGGGGACCUCGUGGCCAAGGCUGGAGGGACCUUCGAGGACCUGGCGUUGCUGGGUGGCUCUGUGGGCAUCAGAGUUCACUGGGAUUGUGACCUGGACACUGGGGACUCUGGCUGCCGGCCUCACUACUCCUUCCAGCUGCAGGAGAAGAGCUACAACUUCAGGACAGCCACUCACUGGUGGGAGCAACCGGGUGUGGAGGCCCGCACCCUGCUCAAGCUCUAUGGAAUCCGCUUCGACAUCCUCGUCACCGGGCAGGCAGGGAAGUUCGGGCUCAUCCCCACGGCCGUCACACUGGGCACCGGGGCAGCUUGGCUGGGCGUGGUCACCUUUUUCUGUGACCUGCUGCUGCUGUAUGUGGAUAGAGAAGCCCAUUUCUACUGGAGGACAAAGUAUGAGGAGGCCAAGGCCCCGAAGGCAACCGCCAACUCUGUGUGGAGGGAGCUGGCCCUUGCAUCCCAAGCCCGACUGGCCGAGUGCCUCAGACAGAGCUCAGCACCUGCACCCACGGCCACUGCUGCUGGGAGUCAGACACAGACACCAGGAUGGCCCUGUCCAAGUUCUGACACCCACUUGCCAACCCAUUCCGGAAGCCUGUAGCCCUUCCCUGCUGGUUGAGAGUUGGGGGCUGGGAAGGGCGGGGCCCUGCCUGGGGAUCUCAAGGAUGAGGCCCCAGCAUGGAGGAUUGGGGGUAGAAUUCCACCCUUGAACCCCAGCAGACAGUCCCUCCCCUGACUCCCACCUUGAUAGGGUGCUGCCUCAGGGAGCCAUAGAAGUCGGCUGUGUUUUGAGACGGUGACAGAACCUGACCCGUGGAGACUGGGAGAGCCCAGCAGGCACCUGUAUUGCAGGGCUCCGACUGCAUGUGGCAGGGGCUCCUGCUGUGUCUGGGCCUGGAGGUCUCUCUCCCAGUGCUCUGUCCCCAGUGUUCCUAGCAGAGGUAUGCUUACCAGCUGUCAGCACAGACCCUCCUGCUGCCUGGGUCCUGGACCUCCUCCCCCAUCUGCACCCCCAUCAUAGGUAGAGACCCCACCCUCCCAUCGGUCCUACAUGGGGCUGUGCAGCUGGAGCCAAAAAGGCAAGGUAGAAAGAGGAGUGAUGGGGGAGGGGGAUUGUUUCAGCUUCUCUGGUGCUGUGAUGCCCCAGGAGAGUCCUAAUCUAGGGAAUGGGGUGGAGUAGGCAGAUAAUCCACCUCCCUAUCCCCCAGGCAAGGGCGGAGCAUGUGUCUUGGGCCCACACCUGCUCAGUUUAUGAGGACCGGCUGCUUUCCAGUGGUAGCCCUUUUGCCCUGGAGGUCUGGGAGAGAGAGCAGAGGGCGGCAGGGCUAAGUUGGUGAUCAUUGGGUUCUUCAGGACCUUCUAUAUCCCUCCUCGGUGACCCCCCAGCCCAACCCCUUGGAAUCUUUCCUCCAGGCUUCCUGAGAGCCCUGGGGGUGGGAGGCUGUGGGAGGCUGUACAUCUGAAAUUCACUUCAGUCCAAGUCAUACCUAGGAAGCUGUCUGGGCAGCUGCUCGAGGGAGGCCCUGGCUCUGAUCCCAGGCUGGAUGGAGUGGCUGGAAGGAAUGGUUCCAAACAACAACACCGAGAUCUCCCUCAGGCUGGCCAGGUUUUGCAGCUGGAACUCUCCUCUUGGUCCCAGGGCGGGGCAGGGAAUUCUAAGUGUCCACCCCAGGGAGGCAAGGGGCUGCUUUCCACUGUGGGUACCUGGUGAUCAGGGCAAGCUGUGGAGGGCCAGGGGUGGGGCUGAGACUGGGCUGACAUCUAGAAUCACCUGCCACCUGGAGCCUCAGUAAAAUGCCUGGGGUCCCUGCUGUCUCUCAAUCUCCAGAGCCAUGUCCAUGGGGAGGUGGGCUCUGAAGGGCAAAGGUGGGACAGCAUGGCCCCUGAGGCCUGGGUAUCCAAGGAGGGGCACGUGCACCUGAUUCUCCUUGGGGCCCAGAGGAAGCUGAUGUCAUGGCUGGACAAAGUCACGGAGUAAAGCCAGCAAAGCCACCCUC